AUGAGCCGGAAGCUCGCCCCCGAAGCCAAUCGGAUUCUCUUUGUCAAGAACCUCAACUACAACGUUACUGCAGAACAACUCUUCGACCUUUUCGGAAAAUUUGGACCUAUCCGACAAAUACGACAAGGAAUCGCGAACAACUCCAAGGGAACUGCAUUUGUGGUUUAUGAAGACGUUCACGACGCCAAACAGGCAUGCGAUAAGCUCAAUGGAUUCAACUUUCAGAACAGAUAUCUUGUCGUCUUAUAUCACCAGCCGGAAAAGAUGCUCAAGUCGAAGGAGGACCUGGCGGAAAGGCAAGAGAAUUUGGAACGUCUUAAACAACAGCAUGGUAUAGAAUGA